UUUUAGCACAUUAAUACAUUAACUCAACUUAAGUCUCAGUCUCUGAAAAGGAUCAGAUAAUAAUGCACUAUUUUACGAUAAUCUAUGAAUUAUAAACACACAGACACAUAACAUAAUAAUAUUUGUAGACACUUUCAAACAAAACAUGCUCUUUGCAUAAUAAACAAACAUAUAAUAAUAUAUAUGGUAACACGAAAUUUAUUUUAGGUGCUUACACAUAUUUAAUUGAACAAUUUAUAGCUCGAAAUUUAAACAUUAUGCAUUAUACUUAAUCAUGCACUUACCAACUCAUUUAUCAUAAAGAAAACCAAACAGUGUGAAACUGAAACAAACACAUACACACACGCUUUGGCAUAUGGAAAAGCUGUAAGGUUUGCUGAAGAAUAAUUUAUAAAUGACAAAAGAUUACAAUAAAAAUUCAAAUUGCUUUAGACAAACAAUUUGGUUGAGUUUUAUUGUCCAAAGGGAAUUUAGAUAUAAAUAACGAUAACCAAUGGCGCGUAGGUAAUCGAAUGUUAUCGAACCAGUGCAAAGCGAGAUAUCGACAACAUUUGUUUGCAGUGAUACAUUGAUAUAUCGAUAGUGUCUCCGCUAUGGUUACAUCUCUACUAUUGUUUACGUUUGGGAAUUGUUUUGUUUUCUGGCAUGCGGCAAGAUGAAUUAUCGCAAAUAUUACACCUGGCAGUAUCCGGAAACUCCCGAGGAUGUAGCGCCGCUGCUCGCUGAGCUCAAGGAAUCGCUGGUAAUCGUUGGCGUCAUUGGGCGCUCCAAAUGCACGCAGGCCAACAAAAUGUGCGCCUUUGACAUGGAACCCGAUGUGCCGACGUCCCCCUCAGAUGGCCAAAUACAAUGUUACUACAAACCCGGCACCAAUACGCUGCUGCUGCAUUUUCAGACCACCCACGAUGAAGCUGUAAUGACGAAGCUGCUGCUCCAGCAGACUUCACUGCAGUUCGAUAGCUUUUACGAGCAGAUGCGUUGUCGAUUCGUGCGUUCUAUGCUGCUGGCGCUGCACAUUUGCCACAUACUAGUCUACGUAGAGACGUCACCCACUUUUGAUACAUCCUUGGUUACCAUUUUUCAGCUCUUGAAGUUUGUGUGGGAGCAGCAAGUUCAAGAGUUUUUGCCACAGCUGCUCGGCGACGAUAUGAUGGGUGAACGUGGACGUCUGUGCGCGCCACGUAUGUUGUUCCUAUUCGAGAAUUAUCCAGCCGAUGAGGAACAGACCCGUGAAGCCAUCUCAGCUUAUGAAUUUCGCACCGAAGAUAGCAUAUAUGAGUUGCUCCGACAGCACAACAUUAUCACCAAUAAUCCAAACAGUUCGCUACUGGCGUUGCCCAACAACAAACAGUUUGUGUUCUUCAAUGCAUACGAGCAACUGCGACCGGAUCAUCUGCUAUGCGCCAUUGAACAACUGCAGCAAACUAUGUUGAAGCCCGAUGCCAAAGAGGAGGAAGAAGACUUGGAAAUUCUCGCUUUAGCGCCCUUUGAAGGGUUUGUUAAACCUUACGGCGAAUUCUAUGAAGCCAAAGAAUCUGAGGAGCAGUUGUAUCGAGAGCAGCAUACUAUUUGGCAAUUUCUGCAACGUCAUGUACAGGAUGCACUCGACGGCUGCUUCGAUCGGGGCAGCUUCAAGCAGCUGUCACCGUUUACAGCACAAUGUGUACUAAUGAACUAUGAGAAUUGGCACAAGGAAUCGACCAGUUUGCAUCAGCUGCUACUGCAGAAUGCCCAAGUCGAAGGUUACAGCAGCAGUAACGUGUCAUAUCAAUGCUAUUUGAGCAGCCUGGAAAAGUGUUUAAACUACGAAAGAAAAUUUUGGUCCCAGCUAAGCGAGCUGGGUUUGAAGAAGGGCAUCUCUUGUUAUAAACAUGCAGCGCCUGCCAUUUAUGGCAACUCCAUGCAUCAGCAACUGCUCGCAGAUGCCAAGCUUGUGCUGGAGGACGAAGGACGCGGUCCUUAUACGGAGGCAGCGCUGCUCAAACUAGGCGAGGUGUGUGCCAAGUUUUGGCAGGAUGGUCGCCAGCAAUGCGAGCAGCUUAGUCUGCGUGGCAAUCCCUGCACACAGCCCAAAGAGCUGCCACAUGAGAAACAUUGCAGCGGCGUUGUCCACAUUUCAAGUUGCAACUGUGGACGCACGCAAGGCAGACGCGAGGAUCCGUUUACGCUGCGCCAAGCGAACUACGAGUACUACGAACACAUGGCCAGCAUGUGUAAUCUGUGUGUGAAGGUGAAAAAGUUCCAGUUCCCUAUAUUUGCGCCAUCGAGCAGCGAAUAUAGAGCAGCGGCCUUUGAGGCGGCAUUUCCAUCUCUGCUGCAAAGCAAAGGCAGGGAUGAGCCAGCAGCUACUGCAGAGGAGCAGCUGCAAAGCGAGCUCAACUCGCAACAAGUGGAAGAGGAUGAACGAAAGCAGCAGCAGCAACUGGAAGCAGAAGAGGAAGAGAAGCCACAGCAUUCGCUUAACAAUGGCUGCUCGCAACCUUUAUCUGCCACCUACGGCUCCGACUUGAACAUGUCGAUUGCGGGCUUUGGUGACUCGUUGCGCGAGGGCGAAGUGGAGGACUCCACGGAGAUUAGCUCGCAGAUGUGUAGCAGCCUGGGCACCCAGAGCAGCACGCACAGCAGUCAGAGCAAUUCCAGUGGCAGUGAGCUUGUGCUGCAGCUAAAACACGACACCGUCAUAGAUGAGUGUUGUGAAUCACAAGCGGAGUCAACGGAGCCGCCAGCUCAGCUCAAUGAACUGGCGUCCACCACGGAGUAUUUGCCUGGCUUGGUGCACAUCUCGAGUGGUUGCGAACUGCUGCCCUUGUUUCCCAGCUGGUCGUUGGCUUGCGUUGGACCCAGUUCCAUUUAUAGUCACAACACCGGAUUGCAGGAGCAUUUCCAAAGUGGUUUUCUAUCGGGUGCCAACUUUCUGCUCCCCUGGGAUGUUCAUGUGCGUCUCGUGCAACCGCACAAGCAGCCACAGCAAUCGCAGCAGCACUCAACACAACAACAACAGCAACUCAAUCACAAGAAGUCGCAGCGCUAUCGCAAACAGGGCGAUCGAGUGGCACUAAAGAUCUUUGUGGGCUUCGAGUAUGAGUGUUCCCGUGGACAUCGGUUUAUGAUGUGCAGUCCGGAUCGUGUGUUGCGCGGUGGUGCCGACAUUGAACGCGACACCUGCAUCAAGGUGGUGAACAACAAUAUGCCAUUGUACUUCCCCUGUCCGUGUCGCGGUCAAAGCACUUUUCUGGCCCAACUGAUGCGCAUUCAUGUAGUGACGCCCAAGGCGCCAGUUAACAUCAUUCUGGAUCCCAAGGUGCUGGUGGGCAAGUAUACCUUUACCCUGGGAUGCAAUAUCUUGCCGCGUCUGUCGCAGAGCGCCUAUUGGAUCUUGAGAUUGCCGAAUGUGUAUCAGGGCGAUGAUAUGCUCAUUGCUCCACCCCAAAAACUGGAGACUGAUGAGAUUAUGUCGGGUGGUUGUCUGCUUGCUGGCAUGUUUGGCAUCGCCGAAACGGAUGCAGCGGAUGGCAACGAGGCAGGACAACUCUCGGGGCUAACUUUCACCAGACUUUAAGCUGUUAUACACACGGCACGAUUGUAAAUAUAAUGAAAACUAUUUGUUAUAUCCAUAAAUUUAGUUGA